AUGGAAUCAAAGCCAUUCAAGGUCAUUAUUGCUGGUGGCAGCAUUGCCGGACUUGCUCUUGCGUUGAUGCUGGAGAAGAAUGGCAUUGACUUUGUCGUCUUAGAAGGUUAUGGCAGCAUUGCGCCGCAGGUUGGAGCCAGUAUCGGCCUACUGCCAAAUGGCCUUCGGACUCUUGAUCAACUGGGAUGCUACGAAGCUGUUCUGAGAAAAGCAGAAUAUCCGGUCGACAAAGUCUUUUUCCGGAAUUCCCAGGGAGAGCAGUUCUGGUCGCUUGAGGACUUUGACCAGGAGACAGUUGAUCGUCACGGAUAUCCCGUCAUCUUUCUCGAUCGUCGCAUGUUAAUUGAAGUGCUCUACGACAAGAUCCAGGACAAAUCACGAAUUCUGACGGACCAAAGAGUUCAAAGUAUCAGCAAUGACGCAUCCAAUGUCACCGUCACUACGAGUACCGGCCGAGCCUUUACGGGGAAUAUUGUCGUUGGAGCAGACGGCAUUCAUUCCACCGUUCGCCAGGAAAUGUGGAAAGAAGCAAAGAGGAUAGACCCCUCGUGGAUUGAUCCUUCAGAGGCAUCCGCACUUCCUGCAACGUACUCCUGCAUCUUCGGCAUAUCGGAGGGAGUUAAAGGAAUUGAAAAAGGCACACUGCAUUCGGUCUUCAACGAACAUUUCUCAUACUUGGUUCCAAGCGGCCCAGGUGACCGAACCUACUGGUUCCUCGUCAUGAACAUGGGAAAAACGUUGUAUGGCGAUGAUAUCCCUCGAUUUACAAAGGCAGAUGAAGAAGCCGCGGCGAAGAAGCAUUGGAACGACCGAAUUACUCCCACGCUUCAAUUCUCCGAUUUGUACAAGAGCAAGAUUGCCUCAGUGCACACAACGCUGCCGGAAUAUGUGUAUAAGAAGUGGUAUUUCCAGCGAAUGAUGACAAUUGGGGACGCCAGUCACAAGUUCGAGCCAUUGACCGGUCAAGGCGGCAACAAUGCAAUCGAGACGGCAGCUUCUUUGACAAAUUAUCUUGCUGCGGCUCUUGAGCGUUGCACUUCUGGCACCUUGUCGACUGUCGAGAUAUCCAAAGUGUUUGAAAACGUCCAGGAACAGCGCCAAGACCGCGUAUGGGAACUGGUCAGGGCAUCGCACGCUCGACAGCGUCUGGAAUGCAUGGAGACACCACUGUUGAAGCUGAUUGGGAAAUAUUUGAUUCCGAUCCUGCCCCGAUACAAAGUCGUCGACAGAUGGACACAGUUUUAUUCCCCAAGUGUAUCCUUGAACAUGCUCCCACAGCCGGACAAAGAGUGGGAGAUCGCAUAUUUCGAUGAACGUUUCAGGGCUCCAUAUUCCCGUGGGAUUGGAGGAAUAUUUCUCUAUGCCGCGUACUUCUUCCUGGCCUGGUUGGGCCAUCGACAAUUGAGGAUAGCUGGCAAUGAGAAUGGGACAUGGGCAUUACUUCGUCAGGCCAUGCAGAACGGGUCAAUCCCACUCAUGGGAGAUACAGAAGUCGCUCUUCGUCGGGUGUAUACCGGCUCUGCAUCUAUUGAUCUCAUUCUCCAAGUCCUAGUGACCUUCUUCUCGCCAGCAGUCGGUAACUUCUCUAGACCAGAGCAGCCACUGCAGGUAGUUUACUUCCUUGCUUCGAUAGUCCCAUUGAUGGCUAUCUUCACUGUGGAAGGGUACCGGCCACGAAAUAGAUGGACACUUCUUGCGAUUCCCUCGGUGUGGGGUGUUCUCUAUCAGCUGCGUGGCAUCGGAUUCAUUGCUCCAAUCUACUUCGCAGUGAGCACGUACAUAUCGUCUCCGGUGACCUAUUUCUCUCCAAGCUCGCGCAACUUGGCUCCCUCCACGGCUCGUGCGAUCCUCUUCGCUGUUGUGCUGGGUUAUGUGCUGCCGUCGAUGAUGUUGUUCUUCCCCCUGGAGCAUGCCCCAGUUACCCGACAGGCCUUGAUUGCCCUGUGGCAGCCUGUUCCAGUUUACGUGGUUAUAUUGACAGAGAUAUUCUCUCGCAUAAUUAAGCAUCUCGAAUUGCGCAAAUCAGUCACGCCAACGAUGUACAGCAAGCUCAAUCUUGAUCUACCUUCGUUGAAAAUGCUUUAUGCUGUCACUGGCUGUAUUGCUGCUUGCUUUCAUCUGGCGUUGUUAACCAGUUGGUAUGUCUCUGGUGGCAAUUUCCUGGUCAGGGCGCUCAUACCAAUCAAUUCGUUCGCCUCAGUAUCCAAUCUCGCGGAUGGCAUUUUCAUAUUCUUUCAGAAUGAUUUCUUGCUUGUUGCCGCUGCUAGCAUCCUGUGGUGCUGGUCCAGUAUUUGGGAUCUUUAUCGCAUGGGAAUUUCAAAUGUUUCCAUCUGGGUAUCUUUGGCGGGUCUAGCCUUUGGGUCGGUGAUGUUUGGACCUGGCGCGACUGUGGCAGCUGUGUGGUACUGGAAAGAGGAUGUUAUGAGCCAGAGGAAAUUCCGUUCGAUAUCUCGAUAG